UGUGUUAGGCCCGGCAGACCCGGAAGUUUAAUUUGUGUCAGUUUUGCAGCAGUUGCAGCGUAAUGGCUGAAGGAUGGAAAUAGUUUCUGGGCUUGUGUCUUACGCCCUUGCAAAGUUUUUCUUUCUCUCGCGGCUCUCGAAUAAAGAAGAUGCGGAGAAAAUCAAAAAAAUGGAAGAGAAAGUGUUAGAAGUCUAUGAUAUCAUUCGUACAAUUCGUGACCCAGAGAAGCCCAACUCUCUGGAAGAGUUGGAGGUGGUAGCUGAAGAAUGUAUCGAGGUGAAAACAUUGGAUGACGAUGAGUACCUCAUCAUUAUUCAUUUCAAACCAACAGUACCUCACUGCUCUCUAGCCACACUGAUUGGUCUCUGUCUACGAGUCAAGUUGCAAAGGUGUUUACCAUUCAAACACAAGGGCAACAUGAGGAUGUAG